UCACAAACGCAGGCCUCCCCCAAGAAGCGCUGCCCCAUGAGAGCGUAAUUCUAGCUUCCCAGUUACUGUGGCUGAUUGGUGCGCGGAUGCCGCUGUGAACGUCCCCUCCCCCCAAAUCAGCCUGAUCCUUUGAAAUAGUCACAGCGAUGUGGGGCUCCCUUAACCAAGUCCUGUCUUCCUUCACCUCCUCAAUAAUUCAUCAGGCUCAUUUGUCUGCAGGAGGAAUCCGAUAACAUUGCUGGCGCUUUUUUUCUUGCAAAAUUCCCUUGAAAUUUCCCAAGGAUGUUUGCUGUUUGCCUCGCUGUUAAGGACCAGCCCCAGCUCCACACGGCCUGUUCGGAACCUCAGAGAGAGAGACGUGGCUGGAAUGACACUCCAGGCCUCAGAAGGCCAGCCUGGCCUGGGAACUGAUGUGUUUGUCUUACCGAGCCUGCAAGGAGAUGAAGAAGGCAGUGAGCUGGAGCAGACACAGGUACCAGAAACCAUGGCCCCCGGGGGCUCUCAGGAGGGGCUGUCUCCAUGCCACUUGCUGACGGUGAGGGUCAUCCGAAUGAAAAACGUCCGGCGGGCUGAUGUGGUGAGCCAAACUGACUGCUUUGUGAGCCUCUGGCUGCCCACCGCCUCGCAUAAGAGACUGAGGACCAGGACCAUCUCCAACUGCCCAAACCCAGAGUGGAAUGAAACCUUCAACUUCCAGAUCCAGAGCCAAGUGAAGAACGUGCUAGAGCUGAGCAUCUGCGAUGAAGACACAGUGACACCAGAUGACCAUCUCUUGACAGUUUUCUAUGACCUCACCAAGCUCUGCUUCCGAAAGAAAACCCAUGUGAAGUUCCCACUCAACCCAGAGGGCAUGGAGGAGUUGGAGGUGGAGUUCCUGCUGGAGGAGAGCCCUUCUCCACCGGAGAACCUCAUCACCAAUGGCGUGCUGGUGUCUCGACAAAUGUCCUGCUUAGAGGUUCAGGCAGAAUCCAGGAGGCAGAAGAAUAGGAAAGUGAAAGACCUCUUGGUGACAGUGACAGAGUCCUUCGAGCAUACCCAGCGCACCUUACACCACCUGAACCCCGGCUGUCCAAACCCUACCUGCUUCCACUACCCCAAGUAUCUCCAGCCCCAGCUACACGUGGAGGUGCCCGAGAGCAGGUGGAGCUGUAAGCUUUGCUGCUGCUGUGCACACAAGAAGAAGAGCCCUGUGUGCCAGCCCCUUGAUUGCCUCUCAGAUGGCCAGACGGUGACCCUAUCCUUGAAUGAGAACUGUGAAUUGCACAUGAAGUCUACACCCUGCCCCCAGACACUGGACGUGCGGCUGGGCUUUAGCCUGUGCCAGGCAGAGCUGGAGUUCCUGCAGAAGCGGAGGGUGGUGGCGGCCGAGGCACUGAAGCAGGUUUUGCAGCUGGAAGAGGACCUGCAGAUGGACGAGGUCCCGCUGAUCGCCAUCAUGGCCACUGGGGGCGGAACAAGAUCCAUGACUGCCAUGUAUGGCCACCUGCUGGGGCUGCAGAAGCUGAACAUCCUGAACUGCGCCAGCUACAUCACCGGCCUGUCCGGGGCCACCUGGACCAUGGCUACCUUGUACCGCGACCCCCACUGGUCCUCUAAGAACCUGGAACCUGCCAUCUUCGAGGCGCGGAGGCAUGUAGUCAAGGACAAGAUGCCUGCCCUGUUCCCAGACCAGCUCUCCAAAUUCCAGGAGGAGCUCCGGCAGCGCAGCCAGGAAGGCUACAAGGUCACCUUCACAGACUUCUGGGGCCUGCUGAUCGAGGCUUGUCUGGGGGAUGAGAAAAACGAAUGCAAACUCUCAGAGCAGCGUGCUGCUUUGUGCCAGGGCCAGAACCCCCUGCCCAUCUACCUCACCAUCAGUGUCAAGGAUGAUGUAAGCAACCAGGAUUUCAGAGAGUGGUGUGAGUUCUCGCCCUACGAGGUUGGCCUGCAGAAGUACGGGGCCUUCAUUCCUGCCGAGCUCUUUGGCUCCGAGUUCUUCAUGGGGCGGCUGAUGAGGAGGAUUCCAGAGUCGCAGAUGUGCUACAUGCUAGGUUUGUGGAGCAGUAUCUUCUCCCUGAAUCUGCUUGAUGCCUGGAAUCUGUCCCACACCUCAGAGGAGUUUUUCCACAUGUGGACAAGGGAUAAAAUGCAUGAUAUCGAAGAUGAGCCACUCCUACCUGAAAUUCCCAAAUGUGAUGCCAACGUCCUGGACACCACGGUGGUGACGCCAGCAUCGUGGCUGUCUGAUACUUUCCGCAAUGUCCUCACCCAUCGGGCCUUUGUGUCCCAGUUCCACAACUUUCUGCUGGGGCUGCAGCUGCACACCGACUACCUCCAGAACAGCCAGUUCUCCAUGUGGAAAGACACGGUGCUGGACAGCUUCCCCAACCAGCUGACAGGGUCUGUGAACCACCUGUGCCUGCUGGACACCGCGUUCUUUGUCAACUCCAGCUACCCGCCCCUCCUCAGGCCUGAGAGAAAAGUUGACCUCAUCAUCCACCUCAAUUACUGUGCCGGGUCCCAGACAAAGCCCAUGAAACAAACCUGCGAGUACUGCACCGAGCAGAACAUCCCCUUCCCCAAAUAUGAGGUGCAGGAGGAGGACAACCUCAAGGAGUGCUACCUGCUGGAGAACUCCCAGGAGCCUGACGCCCCCAUCGUGAUUUUCUUCCCACUCAUCAAUGACACCUUCCAAAAGUACAAAGCCCCAGGUGUGGAGCGAAGCCCCGAGGAGCUGGAGCAGGGCCAGGUUGACAUCUAUGGCCCCAAAACUCCCUACGCCACCAAGGAGCUGACGUACACGGAGGCUGCCUUCGACAAGCUGGUGAAGCUCUCUGAGUAUAACAUCCUGAAUAACAAGGACAAGCUCCUUCAGGCCUUACGACUGGCGGUGGAGAAGAAGAAACGCCUGAAGAGCCAGUGUCCCCUCUGAAGUCCCAGGGCACCUCACUGAUCCUGUGUCUGCUUCUAGCGUCAGAGACACAGAGCCCACCAGGGCUGAACCCACCCACACAGCUAGCUCUGCUCUCUGGCAGGGGCUGCAGGCAGGCUGGCCUGAGCUUUGUACCAAAAAAACAAAAAUUUCUUAAAGUUGAAAGAGACAGAGAAAAAGACAAAGGAAAGUAACAAAGGGAGGUAUUAGGAUUUUGUACCCACUGGAAUUUUUUUAAACCUUCCCUGCAGGGAAAAGGGGUCCACCAGCCGAAAGCUCCCACACAUGCCUAAAGUGUGGCAAAUAAAAGCACGCCUGGUUUUAUGUACAGAAGAGGCUGGGACUUACCUGGUGGAUUAGUGGGUUAAAGAUCCAGCUCUGUCACUGCUGUGGUGGGGGUUUGAUCCCUGGCCUAGCGCCCUCACCUCAUUACUCCUCUCUGUUCAGGGGAUGCUCAGGAAGAUCUGAGAAGCAUUCUGAGUUCUCUGGAAACAGUGCUUUUUAAAAUUUAAGGCAAUGAUAUUCUUGUGAUUUUUUUUAUAGGUAGUUGUAUUUUAUGAUUUUUAUUUUUAUGAAUCAGCAAAUUAAUAGGAAGCAUGACACUCAAAAGAUCUCGGUGGAGCAAUGGAAUCAUCCUGGUCCCUUUAACAACAAACACAAACAGGUGAGGGGGUUUCAGCAGCCCCUCUGAAGCUACUCGGAGCCCCAGGACCAGUGUUCCCUGGGAUCCUGACCAGGCAGCCCUGUCUGAGCAUCCAGCUCCAGUGAAAGGCAAGGCAGAGCAGCUCAGGUUUGCCGAAUAAGGAUCUAGGAUGCAGCUCAAGGAUAUCAGGUGGGUGCUGGUGCCAGGCACCGCUCAGGCCAGGGGCCGCCACUCAUUGAUCAGCCUGCUCCAACAGCAUGUCUCAGUCCUCUCACCACCUCCUCUCUGGUUUCCAGGUGGGAUUAUUUAUUUCUAAAUGAGAUUCCUCUUAUUUAUUAUGUAAACACUGUGGCCAGCACAUCCCAACUCUUGAAGAGCCACCCUGAGAAAACAGAACUGGAAAGGAUCCACCCAGAAAGAACCAGGUUAACCCCUAGGAAGAAGUUCAUCCAUGGAGAUGGUUCCCAGAUGAAUUGCUGGGAAAGCCCUGGGACACAGAGAAGCCCGAAGUCUCUAGGGCUCCCAUCAGGCUGGGAACUUAACUAAAGAAAUGUGUAACCUGAGCCACUGAGCUGCCGGAGCCCAUGGAAAGUGUGACCAGAAAGGCAUGUGGUCUGCAUGAAACCCAGCAAACCUGGAAGACGGCCCUCUUUAUGGGCCACCAUGCUCCUUAAGCAGUCCUUUGGAUGUUACAAGAACUGUCCUCUGAUUUACAUCCUUGCUACUUAAAGUGUGGUGGGAGCUGGUUAGAAAUGCAGAAUCUCGGGCUCUACCCCAGCUAUACAAUUAAUCAGAAUCUGCAUUUUAAGGAGAUUCCCACCUCCUCGCCACUGCCCCCAGGUGAUGCCUGUGUACCCUAAAAUCUGAGAGGCGUGGAUUGAUGUUAGACUCUCCCGUAAAGUGGAAAGCAUGAAUCCAUCAACUCCCCUGAGCCACUGAUAAACAGAGCUCCUGCAGAUCUGGUCCCCACUUCCAAAGGAUGCUGACCUGGGACGCCACCCCUCCCCUCCACCACAGCAGCCAGCUGCCUCUGCUUUGCCAUCUUUUCCUUCCAGCUGCAGCAAACAGGUUCUACUUAAACUAUCCGAGUGAACCACGGGACAAGACCUGAGUGUUUAUUGUAAGGUGAAGGCAGACCUGCCCUGGAUUCCUCAAAGUAUGUAAAACAAGAUUUAUAAAAUCACUGUAUCAUCUUAGCAUGGAAUAAACUGGCCAUGUGGGUCAGUGCUGUCAACUCA